AUGCCAAAAGUUGUUCUUACCUUCAUUUGUCUUUUUGUGCUCUUACUCAGUUUCUCCACUAUUUGUCUGGGCAUCCUCUGUGUUUCCACAAGUUCCUCCAUAUGUAGAUGUGGAAAUAAUGAGCUGGUGCUUUAUUGCCUGUUAGCUUUGGGGUUCUUUCUCCUGGUGACUGGCAUUUUCUGGAGCACCUUCCAUGAAGUCUUGAAAUACAGAGGCCUCAGCAGCACCUUCAUUCGAAAUCCCAGCCACAGAGACCUACAUGUCAGCACUACGGACAGGCCUGACUUCUAUCCCCCCUUCUAUGAAGACAGCACAGAUCCUGAAAAACAGACCUCCCUGCUGCCAGUUGCCCCCACACUAAAACAGCAAGAAGUCAUCAAUAUCCCUCCUCCUCUGUAUAGUGAAAGCAGUGCAGAGGUCAUCAGUGAAACUGAUGUGCAGGAGCAGCCACCACCCUAUGAGUUAUCUGUACAGCACCUACAGCAGCACCAAGCAGCUGACCAAGACUCAGACCCCAGAAUGGAGCCAGAUUCUCAUCCAUCCACACAAGAAAACAGUUACCAACAGGAUACAUACUGCCAGGGGACCUCAGAAAGAGCAACACCUGUUAGAACAUCUGAGGCAGGCAGUGGGUAA